AUGAACGGGCUGCCCGCGGCCGAGGCGCCGGGCGGCGCAGGCUGCUCCCUGGCCGGGCUCCCGCCGCUCCCGCGGGGCCUCAGCGGCCUUCUCAACGCGAGCGGAGGCUCGUGGCGGGAGCUGGAGCGCGUCUACAGCCAGCGCAGCCGCAUCCACGACGAGCUGAGCCGCGCCUCCCGCGCUCCGGACGGGCCCCGCCACGCCGCCGGCGCAGCCAACGCGGGCACCGCCGCCGGCUCCUCCGGCCCGCGCCGUCGGGUCAACCUGGACUCCGCGUUAGCCGCGCUGCGCAAAGAGAUG